AUGGCCCUUAACUUUGACUGUUUGUCAAACCUUCUGUGCGAGGAAGAUGCAGAUUGGGAUGAUGAGGUCACAAGUUCGAGCUUUCCCGAGGACAAGGUCGAGAAUUUAAAGAGCAUUGAGCUCGCUAGACUGCCAGAUUUUCCUGUUGAAGAGGAGGAGAUGAUAUCUUUGUUAGUGCAGAAGGAGAAAGAGCAUCUUCCCCGGGAAGACUACGUUGAGCGUUAUCUAAACCUCGAUUUAGAUAUCACGGCUCGUCGAGAAGCAAUCAACUGGAUGCACAAGGUUAAAGUGCAUAAUAGUCUGAGUCCGCUUACAACAUACUUAUCAAUAAAUUAUUUGGAUCGCUUCCUGUCAAGCUAUGAAUCGCAGCAAGGUAUAGGCUGUCCGUUACAGUUAUUAUUGGUUGCGUGCCUGUCACUCGCAACGAAAAUGGAGGAUAAGGUUUCGCCGAUUAUUGAUUUACAGGUCGGAGGUGCAAAUUUUGAUUUCGAAGCUAAAGCAAUAUACGAAAUGGAAGUCAAAAUUCUAACAACGUUGAAAUGGAGAUUAUGCUCCAUUACACCUUUUAACUUCAUUCAUUACCUCUUGUUCACAGUCAAAGGCACCAGCGCUGUGCCUCAAGACUUGAUAUCUCGAACAAUCGCCUUCAUUAUCAAUACUACUAGAGUGAUUGAUUUUUCGAUUCAUCAGCCAUCAUCGAUUGCUGCGGCAGCCGUUAUAUGCGCUUGUGAGGAGGAUUUAAAGACAGAACCAGCAGAUUGCAAAGAAGCCAUACUAUCUUCCAAAGCAUUCAACAAAGAGAAAACUAUAAGUUGUUACAAUUUAAUGCAGCAGCUUGUCAUGGACAAUUGCUCUAAUUCAUGGACAAUUGCUCUAAAAGGAGUAAAAUCAGCCAUGAAACAUUGUAUAUGGAUUUUUAAUCCGAAUAAGCAUAGCUCGAGAGUAAGUGAAUGCGUUGAUUUAAGUCAGUCAGUCCGUCACGAGAUGAAUGCGUUUCAGCGUUUUCGAGAAAUUUAA